AUGGACGGUCAUUCGGAAGAGUUUAUUUUAACCAACCCUAUUCCAACGACUUCGGGCAAAAUUCGAGGAUUCAGAGAUGAGACGAAUCAGGUACAUGCCUUUAUUGGCAUUCCUUAUGCCAAACCGCCUACUGGUUCUCUUCGAUUUCGGCCUACAGUUCCACUCGAUACUCCUGACACGGAACGCAUUUGUACAGCAUACCCACCCUCUGCUCCACAGACCAAUAUGCCAUUCGAUACGCUCAUGUGUGUCGAGAUCAAUUACCAGUCCGAAGACUGUCUUUAUAUGAAUAUCUGGCGACCUGCAUCAGCUGCCACUGAUAAUGCAAAACCAGUCAUCGUCUGGUUUCACCCAGGUGCAUGCUUGAGUGGAAGUUGCAGUCAGCCGUUUUGGGAUGGAACCCAUCUUGCUAAAAACGAUGUGAUUGUUGUUAAUUUCAAUUAUCGGUUAGGAGCUUUAGGUUGGAUGUCAAUGGAUCAUCUUUCUUCGGAAUUAAAAGGAAGUGCUAAUUUGGGUCUUUUGGAUCAAAUUACUGUAUUGAAAUGGGUACAAAAGAACAUAUCGUCAUUUGGAGGCGAUCCUAAUAACAUUACCGCAUUUGGGUCUUCUGCAGGAGCCGCCUGUAUCAUGUCUGUCAUUCUUUCACCCAACACAGCAGGACUUUUUCAUCGCGUCAUCUUGCAAUCUCCACCCAUGUUUAUGACAAGUCCUCAAGACUGGGCUGAAUUCAAAGGCACAGUCUUUGCUCGAUCUCUGGGCCUAGGCACAUCCAACCUCCUGAGUGAUCUACAAUCGAUCGAGGUUGAAACCUUUUUAGAGUCACAAACCUUCAUGACAACUUGGCCCAACUUUCUUGAAGGACUGGCACCUAUCAGUAGUAGCGUUGACAACUACCUCCUGCACGACACGCUCAUUGAAUAUUUCUUUCAUCGGCCUCUGCCCGCAGGCUACGAGCAACUCGAGAUCAUAAUGGGUUAUACAAGAGACGAAUUCAACUUCUUUUUUCCAUUCUUGCCCAACUUUCAAGAGAUGGACGAGUCCAUGUUUGUCCGUACUUAUUUUACUCAUGUCUUUGGCCACAAAAAUGCAAGAAGAGCAUACGAGAUUUAUAAGCAGGAAAUUGUACCUCCCAUGUCACCGCCCUCAGAGAUCGCACGGUACAUGUGCUCAGAUGUUAUGUGCCGUAUAGCAACCCUACUAACAUCAGAAAACUUGGUAAAGCACGGACACAAGGUAUACGUCUAUCAGUGGGAUUAUGAAUCAAACGAUGUCCAGAACGUGAUUAAGGCUGCGCACAUGGUCGACUCGAUCUUUUCUUGGGAUAACUUGGUCUAUUGGACAGACAACCCUUUCCUUGGUCCUGGUGAUGAGUACGAAAGAGAUAGGAUCGCAAAACAGAUAUCUCGUUCCAUCGUUCGGUUUGCAAAGACAGGAAAUCCUAAUCAUGACGGUAUACCUCUCUGGCCUGCGCACAGUCUAGAAGAAAGAAGCGCUAUAGUAUUCGAUCGAGAAGUUCGAGUUGAAGAUAACAUGUAUCAGACAGGUGUUCAUCUCUGGAAGACGAUACUCAAAGAUUACGUUACGAAUUCUUUAUUUCCCAUCAAACCUAAAACAAAAGAUAUGCCCAAGGAUGAUGCCUCGGAAGGCAUAAACAAGAGACGAAGAGUUGAUGAAUCAUAA